GGAUGAUUGGCAAUGCUAGAGAGGAGGAUGGCCUAUAUGUUUUUGAUGAAGGAACACAAUUGAAUAAACAAGGAAGCUCUAUCUAAACCUGAGUGGAAGAAGGCUGUUUUAGAGGAAAUGAAUGCUCUUGAAAAGAAUCAGACAUGGCAGGUUGUGGAAUUACCCAAGAACAAACCAACAGUGGGAUGCAAAUGGGUAUUUACCCCUAAAUUCAAGGCAGAUGGUACACUUGAAAGAUAUAAGGCUAGAUUGGUUGUCAAAGGAUAUACACAAACCUAUGGCAUUGAUUAUAGAGAAACUUUUGCUCCAGUUGCAAAAUUAAAUACUAUAAGGAUCCUUCUAUCUCUAGCUGCUAACCUAGACUGGCCUCUUCAACAGUUAGAUAUGAAGAAUGCUUUCUUAAAUGGGAAGCUUGAAGAGGAAGUGUACAUGAGUCCCCCUCCUGGGUUUGAGGGACAAUAUGGCUCAAAGGUGUGCAAGCUGGAGAAAGC